CCUAUCUUGGUCUUAAGAGGUCUUACAUUAGCGGUAGCUCGUUUUUCAAAAAAUUAAAAAUCGUUUUUAACCUUUUCGUACGCAUUUAAAUAACUUCGCCGUGGAUAUUUCGCAUCGUUUCUUCAUUUAUUUCGGUUAUGUCAGACAACGAAAACUCUCAUGACUUCGUGGGGCCCUCCCCCACCGAAGCGCCGCAGCCCAGAAAGCGCCGCCGCCUAUCCCACGAAGGUCUCUAUCUCGACAAUCUCCCCUGCGCCGAGUCUUACGAGAAAAGCUACAUGCAUCGAGACGUCAUCACGCACUGCGUUGUCUCCAACACCGAUUUCAUCAUAACGGCCAGCUACGACGGCCACAUCAAAUUCUGGAAGAAAGUGGAAACCGGAAUCGAGUUCGUCAAACACUUCCGAAGCCAUUUGGGCCCCAUCACGAAAAUCGCGUGCAACGUCGAAGGAACUUUGUUCUGUUCAGCUUCUCUGGAUAAGUCGUUGAAGAUCUUCGAUGUGAUUAACUUUGACAUGAUCAAUAUGAUGAAGUUUGAAUAUGUGCCGAAUCAAGUGGAGUGGGUGCAUGGGCCUGGGGACCCGGUGCACGCUUUAGCCGUUACAGAUGCGGAUUCCCCGAAAAUAUAUAUUUAUGAUGGAAGGUCGGAUAACAAGGCUUUGAAAGUUUUAGAGAAGAUACACACGCAAGCGGUUGUUUUGAUUAAAUAUAAUCAUAAAUAUGACGUUGUGGUGUCGGUAGAUAAAGCAGGAAUUCUCGAAUAUUGGACGAGCUUAAAACAGGAUUGCAUUUUUCCAAAGAACGUCAAAUUCGAUUCAAAACUUGACACAGAUUUGUUUGAAUUUGCCAAAAACAAAACGACUCCGAUUGGGUUGGCUUUCUCGCCGGAUGGUACGCGUUUCGCCACCAUUUGCACCGACCGUAGAGUCAGGGUUUUCAAUUUUGUAACCGGAAAGUUAGUUAGGGUCCUGGAUGAGACUUUACCACGCUUCACUGAACUGCAGCAAGCGACACAACAACUUCCAAACAUGGAAUUCGGGCGAAGAAUGGCAGUGGAACGUGAUUUGGAAAAAUCAGAAGCUAUGUCCUUAGCAAACAUUGUAUUUGAUUACAGCGGCCACUUCAUAAUGUACGCUACUUUAUUGGGGAUUAAAUUGGUGAAUUUAUAUUCAAACAAGUGUGUACGAAUUAUAGGAAAAAAUGAAAAUUUAAGGCUGCUGGACAUCGCUCUGUAUCAAGGUUCAGCGAAGAAGGGCAAAGCUGCCGUCACCCUCGAAAUCGAAGCCUCCAACAACCCGACCCUCGAGGCCAUCCAGCCCGACCCCACUUUCGUGUGCACCGCCUACAAGAAGUCGCGCUUCUACCUUUUCAGCAGACGCGAACCCGACGACCUCCAAGGUGACCAAGACCGCGACGUCUUCAACGAGAAGCCGUCCAAAGAAGACACGUUCGCCGCCACCGACAACCCCGCCGUCCAGCGCCUCUACGAGAACGCGGUCAUUCACACCGUCUUCGGCGACAUCCACGUCAAGCUGUUCAUGAAGGACACGCCGAAGACGGUCGAGAAUUUCUGCGUUCACGCGAAGAACGGCUACUACAACGGUCACAUCUUCCACAGGGUUAUCAAGGGGUUCAUGGUGCAGACGGGCGACCCCACGGGAAACGGCACGGGCGGGGAGAGCAUCUGGGGCGGCGAGUUCGAGGACGAGAUCAGGCCGCAUUUGAGACACGACAGGCCAUACACUGUUAGUAUGGCGAACGCCGGCCCGAAUACCAACGGAAGUCAAUUUUUUAUUACGCUUACGCCGACGCCGUGGCUGGACAAUAAGCAUACGGUGUUCGGGAGAGUGGUGAAGGGGAUGGAGGUGGUGCAGAAUAUUAGUAACGUUAAGACCAACGCCAAGACGGAUAAACCGUACGACGACAUAAGGAUCGUUUCAAUUACUGUCAAGUAGUGGGAUGAUUUUAAGAAAAUAAAGUUUUUAAAGUACUUACCAAGAACGUGAUCACAGUUCGCAGACUUAACGAGGAAUGUACGGUUGUUUUUUUAUUUUAUCAGUCUGUGCACCUAUUUUCAACUGUGAAUCAGAACUGAUAACGAGACAUGUAUAUUACGAGUUGGAGAUAAUUAAACCUUGAACGUUUUUA